CAGCAUGUUUGCUGCGGUGAGGAGUUAAGAUUCAGGGGCUGGACAUUCUUCUAUACCCCUGAGGCUGGCCAGCAAGAGCGCAAUUCAGCUAAACACUUCCAUUCAUUUGCCUACUGCUACAGUUCCAGUGCAGGCUGAGCUGGGAGCUUCAUUUGGGUUCUUCUGCCAUUGUCCCUUCUUCUCAGCAUUAAGAUGUAUUUAUUAUGGACAAGCCUGGUGCUGUAUGCAAGUCUGCUGCUGCCUUCACAUUCUCAGCCUGACAACCAGAAGGUAAAGCAGAGAAGCCUGCACAAAAAGGACCUGGACAUCAUUGAGAGAUAUAAUGGGAUGUGUGUUCAAGGAGCUAUGGGCCCUCAUGGUCGAGAUGGAACUCCUGGUGUGAAUGGGAUACCUGGGACUCCAGGAAUUCCUGGCCGUGAUGGAGUAAAAGGAGAAAAAGGGGAAUGCAUGAGGGAGACCCUAGAAGAGUCCUGGACUCCAAAUUUCAAGCAGUGUGCCUGGAGUGCGUUGAACUAUGGCAUAGACCUCGGGAAAAUAGCGGAAUGUACAUUUACAAAAAUGCGAUCCCACAGUGCACUGCGGGUGGUGUUUAGUGGAUCCCUGCGGCUCAAGUGUAAGACGGCCUGCUGCCAACGGUGGUACUUCACUUUUAAUGGAGCGGAAUGCUCUGGGCCUCUUCCCAUCGAGGCCAUUAUUUACUUAGACCAAGGAAGUGCAGAAUUUAAUUCCACAAUUAACAUUCAUAGAACAUCAACCGUGGAGGGUCUGUGUGAAGGAAUCAGCGCUGGACUGGUGGAUGUUGCUGUCUGGGUGGGGACCUGCUCAGACUAUCCUAGAGGAGAUGCUUCUACUGGGUGGAACUCUGUGUCACGGAUCAUCAUAGAGGAGUUGCCAAAAUAAACCUUUAUGCCCCCCAGCCUACCGCAAACAACAAACUGAAUAUAUGGGUUCAGCAAAAAAAUAUACAUUUUCAGAUAAACUGAAAAUAUUGAACAGUUUUAUAGGUACUGUAUCAACAAACAAGUGGUGCUUUUUAGGAGUGUAUUAGUGCAAAAGUAUACCCCGUUCAUUAUAUUGUUUAUCUAUCAUGUAUUUUCAAUUACUUAGGCAGAUGUGUUCUCCAUAGACCUCAGCAACACAUAAACGAAUGCUCAAAAUACACUGCACUCAUCUACAGAGAAUGCCUCAGCUGCAAGGCAUUUGUUUGUGUAUGUAGCAAGCUGUUCCCUUUUACUGUAUCUUAAAAUUCAGGGGGAAUAGAGGAUACAACUUUUUUUUUUUUUUAUAAAAGUAUAUUCUGCAUUUUAUAUUAAAACCCCAUGUAUGAGGAGUACAGUAGGCCAGGUUAUACAGCUGAGAGCUGGCUUUGUUUCGGUUGCUGGACAAUUAAAACUGAGAAACUUGGCUCCUACAGUUAUUAGCAAAUCAUAAGAAAACACCUGUACUGUGUCAGUAAUCACUGUGAUCACUUUGUUACUGUUUCCUUUUUUUAUUAAAUAAAAGAAAGACA